GCCCCCUAAAACAAAUUAAUUAACAGCUAUAAACAUCUUUAACUUUAUAGAUAUCAAGUUCUAGAGGCUCCUGCCUAGUCCUAUCAUGCAAGGAACGAAUAGUGGAGAGCCUGGAAUAUGGAGAAUUGGUGUUCUACUGGAGGCAUCCUCCCUAGAACAGUUGAAAGAAAACCCCAUGAAACUUAUCAAAUCAGUGGCCGACAAAGCUGACAGUAAAUGCCAGACCAUAGCUCUGUGCAAACAAAACCUCCUCUCUACUUAUGAGUUCAUCACUGACUACACUGCACCUACGUCUCAAGCAGGGUGUCUCCUCAAAGCUGCCGACCAAUCGAAAUGCAAGUAUCCAUCGGUUAUCAUCGCGCCCGUAUCUCAAGAGAAAAUUGACUUCCAAGAUCUCUACUCUGAGAUCCAAAUAACCCCCAAACAGUUGGAAAUGUCCAUUGGGUUACCACAUCCAAUAGUUCCGAAUCUUCUCUUUGCUUCACAACAUUUUAUGCAAACAUACGGGUUCUUCACACGAGAGCAAGUUUGGUAUCGUUAUUUAACCCCUGUACCACUGGAAAGAGUUACUUUAACCCCUUGUGAGUCGUCCGAGCAACUAACAUUGUUGUACCCGGAAGAGGUUGUAGGUCAACUGUACGAGCAAUGCAGACAAGAGCCUGUCAUAAUGCAACAAGAUUUCGAUUUUAUUUUCCGAGCCAAAAAUCUGAUAUCAACAGAAAAAGUGGAUUAUGUACUGUCGUUUAGGGUACUUGAAGCCACACCCACUUUACAAGGUGUAGUCACGGAAGAAACUACAAUUGUCCUACUACCUCCCAACGAACAAGAUCUAGGAGUUGAUUGGUUCAAUCGCAGCAGUGAGAGUCGAUCAUCACGACGACGAAGUACGAGAGACGAAUCCAUGAGACGAGAAUCUGUCGCGUCAGCAUCUGAUAUAUUAUUCGAAGAUGAAGAGGACGACCAGCCUCGGAGAGGGUAUGAAGAUUACAUCAUUGAAGUUGUUGCCGUGGAAGAUUUCAAACUGCAAACUCAUUGUAUAGUGCUCCCCAAACGAAGCUCAUCUGCUCACGGCAUCUUUCAUUGUCAAACGGUCUGGGCAUGUGCAGUAAACAGCGGGUAUGCUACCAUGGUAACGAACUUUGAUGACCUCACAUUGACCCUGGCUAACGGAGAAUAUACAGACAACCCUCGAAUGCACUCAGCGCUCGUGUUUGCGUACGAUGAUGAAUUUGAGCUAGAGCAGUACGUACCUCAGAGGAGACUGGGUGUUGAGUACGAGUCAGGUGAUCUCACUAGAGCGUACAUUCAUCCAGAGCUGCUCUUCUAUCUGUUCCCAGAGACACUCUCUUAUUCCCGCACCUUUCGGCUGCAUGUUAAGCCUUGCCGUGAGACCAUGCCCACACUGAGGGAGAUGAAGGUGGCCCAGGUGUACCAGCCGGGGGAAGUCAGCCCGAACAGUGUGGACAGAUUCUAUCAAACACUCAGAGCACAAUCAAUCUUUCUACAGACUGGUGAUGUCAUUGGUGUCAAAACAGACACAGGGAAGCUGUAUUACAAGGUGACAUCACUAGAACCUCACAUUAACAACUCCAGCCACAUUGUAUCCUCCAGUACUUGGGAAUGCAAUUUCCACCAAUCUCACAAGGUGUACAACCACCUACCCCACCUGGUGCCCCCCUCCCCUGCAGACAGACCUCAUUUUUUCUCGGACAUCCGACCCCCCGGACUGGAGGAGUUUACAGAAUCUCUCUUCUCCUAUUUUAUACCAGCCUUUAGAGAGAAAAGCUCCACUGGCCCUCGACGUAGUCCCUCCGUGUUAGUGACGGGCACUCGAGGGGUGGGCAAAAGGACUGUUGUCAAGGCCGUUGCUACGCGUUGUCGGAUGAAUAUAGUGGAGCUAAACUGCUAUGAGUUCAGUACGGAGGUGGUGGGUUUCUCAGAGAAGAAGAUAACGACAGAGUUGGACCGUGCCAGCUCCAAUGCUCCUGUGGUGGUGCUGCUCAGGAACGUGCACAUGAUGGGCAUGAGGGAUCCCAUUCAUCAAGAGCCACGACUAUUGGCUGUGUUUGAAAGCUACAUGCAACACGUGGACAUAUUCAACCGGACCAAUGGCUACCCGAUUGUGGUGGUGGGUAUGUCCUCACACCCUGGGGCCAUUCCCGCUCGUGUGCAAGCCUGUUUCCUACAUCAGCUGGACAUGACUACACCCACUCAGACCCAGCGACUGAGCAUGCUCGAAUCUCUCGGGCGGGACUACCACCUUGCUCCGGAGAUUGACCUCCACGACCUCUCUAAACGGACGGCCGGGUUUUGCGUGGGGGAUAUGCUGGCUCUCUACUCUAGUGCAUACACUAUGGCCUAUCAGAGUGUCAGCAAAUAUUGUGCCACGAAAGGUGGUAGCAAUCACAGUGCUGACCUGGCAGUAUCUGGUGUGGUGGUGUCUGCUGACCACAUGGAGGGUGCUGUGGCCACUCAACACUCCUCCCAUGCUGACGCUAUAGGAGCACCUAAGAUCCCGAAUGUGAAGUGGGAAGAUGUCGGUGGAUUGGGUGAUGCUAAACAAGAAAUCCUCGACACCAUACAGUUGCCCCUCCUCCACCCGGAGCUGUUCUCCGCUAAAGUUCAAAGGUCAGGGGUGCUCCUCUAUGGACCCCCAGGUACUGGAAAGACGUUAUUGGCUAAAGCUGUGGCCACUGAGUGCUCUCUUAACUUCCUCAGUGUGAAGGGGCCUGAGCUGAUCAACAUGUACGUGGGACAGAGUGAGGAGAACAUCAGAGAAGUAUUCUCUCGUGCAUCGAGUGCAGCUCCUUCCGUCAUCUUCUUUGAUGAGCUGGACUCCAUUGCCCCUAACCGUGGUCGCAGUGGUGACUCUGGAGGUGUGAUGGAUCGAGUGGUAUCACAGCUGUUAGCCGAGCUAGACGGACUCAGCAAGUCAGAGCAUGUAUUUGUGAUAGGGGCCAGUAAUAGACCGGACCUCAUUGACCCCGCCCUACUCAGACCCGGGAGGUUUGAUCGGCUGGUGUACUUGGGCAUCAGUGAAGAUACGGACACAAAGCUCAAAAUCCUAAAAGCAAUUACUCGAAAGUUUCAGCUCUCCCCGGAGGUCUGCUUGGAGGAGGUGGCUGCUCGUUGCCCUGCCAACCUCACGGGGGCAGAUCUCUACUCUCUCUGCUCAGAUGCCAUGCUCACAGCUUUCAGGAAACAGAUAGCAGAGUUGGAGAGACUGAAUAAGAGUGAUGAUGAGUGGGCGGGACAGCUGCUGGUGACACAGGACGACUUUACAGAUAGUCUGAGCAGUCUCUCCCCGUCAGUCCCACCGGAGGAGUUACAGCGCUAUAUGGACAUUAAGAAAAAUCUCCGCAACUAGACUACUCAAGUGUUCGUCAUUUCUGACCAUGCAGUUACAUUCUUGUGUAUAUAGCUAGCUAUAGCGUUUUGUGUGUCAAAAUUUAUAUUACGUAUGUCAAUCUGAUUAUUUUACACAAUUAUAAUUCCAAAUGACAAAACAGUGAUGAAUGGAUAUAUUUUACAUGAGUUUGGGUGGUUUAAAUCUUCCAAACCUCUUCAUAGAUGAUAUUGCUAACAAU